UGUGUGCCCGGGGUCUCUGUCCAGCUUAGACCGUGUACCCACAGGUGCUGGAAGGGGAGCUCUUGCUCAAAGUGCUUUCCAUCACAUAGAGGGUUUCCUGCUGGGUUCACUGGCUCUCAGCAUCUCCCUGCACUAACUGUUCCAGCUCCCGUAUCAGCGGCGGCAGAGGUGCUAGAGUAGUGCUGGGCGAGGCCACUUUAAGAGCAAGCCAGGACUGGUACCCGACAGUGAGGACCCCGCCUUCUUCGUCAGCCUGCACGAUGCCAGCAGCAUGGAACAACCCUUUCUUUGCUCCACCCCAUCACUAGCUUUGGCUGCACUUCCUACUUCUGGUGCCGGGGCUAUAAGAGUCCCGUCCAUCCCUGCAACCAGCCUGCCCGACUGCUUGGAACCUGCUGCCAGCUACUAACAAUCUUGCCAUGGCCAAUCAAGGAGGGCUCAGCCCGGAAAAGAUCGCUGCAUUCACCAAAAAAUGGGAGGAUGACCCGCAGUUCAGACUUGCCCAAAAUGUUACAACCACCAACAGCUCGCUGGAGGUGUGUCUCAGUCGGAAAGUGGUGCAGGACACGGUGCACGUCUUCCAGCAUGCGGUGCCUGCAGAAGGCAAACCGGUCACUGACCAGAAAAAGUCAGGGAGAUGUUGGAUCUUCUCCUGUCUGAAUGUGAUGCGUCUGCCUGUCAUGAAGAACUUUAACAUUGAAGAGUUUGAGUUCAGCCAAGCAUAUCUCUUCUUCUGGGAUAAGGUUGAACGCUGCUACUAUUUUUUAAACGUCUUUGUGGAAACGGCUCAGAAAAACAAGCCUACAGAAGAGAGGCUGAUGCAGUUCCUGCUUUCCAACCCCACCAGUGAUGGAGGACAAUGGGACAUGCUGGUUAAUCUUAUCAAAAAAUAUGGAGUUAUCCCCAAGAAAAAUUUCCCUGAAUCUUUCAACACAGAGGCCUCUGGGAAGAUGAAUGAAAUUUUGAAUCAUAAGAUGCGGGAGUACUGUAUGCGACUAAGAAACAUGGUAGCAAAUGGGUCAACUGAGGAAGAACUCGAAGAAGCAAAGGACGCUAUGAUAGAGGAGAUAUUCAGAAUAGUGAGCAUCUCCAUGGGGAGCCCCCCCGAGACCUUCUCCUGGGAGUUCCGAGAUAAGGAGAAGAACUACCACAAGAUCGGCCCCGUGACCCCACUGCAGUUCUACCAAGAGCACAUCAAGCCGCUCUUCAACAUGGAAGACAAGAUUUGUCUAGUGAAUGAUCCUCGACCCCAGAACCCGUACAACAAGCUCUACACUGUAGAGUACCUGGGCAACAUGGUGGGAGGGAGAAAAACGCUCUACAACAACCAGCCUGUCGACCUGUUGAAGAAGAUGGCUGCAGCUUCCAUUAAAGAUGGCGAGGCUGUGUGGUUUGGCUGUGAUGUUGGAAAACACUUCCACAGCAGGCUGGGCAUCCUUGAUAUGCAAGCGUUUGACCAUGAGCUGGUGUUCGGUGUCUCUGUCAAGCAGAUGAACAAAGCAGAACGAUUAAUCUUUGGGGAAUCAUUGAUGACCCAUGCCAUGGUCCUCACUGCCUUCUCGGAGAAGGAUGGGCAAGAAGAAUCAUUUGAGAAAUGGAGGGUGGAGAAUUCCUGGGGUGCAGACGCUGGUAAUAAAGGUUACCUGAUCAUGACGGAUGACUGGUUUUCUGAGUACGUGUACGAGGUGGUGGUGGAUAAGAAGCAUAUGCCAGAAGACGUCUUAGAACUGAUGCAGCAGGAACCUAUUGUCUUGCCAGCAUGGGACCCCUUGGGUUCACUAGCGAAGUGAACUGCAGAGCACUUGCCUCCCAGUGAGCAACCAGAAGUAGAUGUAAUAGAGAAUCCCAGAAACCAGAAGCCAUAGCCAAAUGAUGUGACCAAGCGCAGAGCUUGGUCCAUAGUCUUUAAAUGUAUGCUAAGGAUCUUUUCAAGAAACAACGCUUUCCUGAAUGGCCGAGUGAAAAAAAAAAAGUGUCAGACUACUCUGCGCCUGCACAGAAAAUUUGCCCACCUCAUCAUGCUACUGUAUAAGUGCUUUCAAUGACAGUUGGAUUUUAUCUCUUUAAUAAUGAACAUAACCCUGUAAAAUUGUUUUGACCAGUGCUUUCCAUAGGAAAGAUGAUUGUAGAUGGCCAUAUUUUAGGAUAAUUAGCUGACUGAUAUCAAUUAGAAAAGUACAGCAAAAUGUACAUUAGUCAUUCCUGGUUUUACUUGUACUGUAAAAGUAUCCAGAGUCAUUAGUUACUUAGAGUGUUUCAAGAGAGCUGUUUACAUUUACUAGGGGGUUCAUCUUCAGGGGGUAGGUGUGCAGACAUGGUUUAAUUUUCUUAAGAAUAAUGUAUCCAAAACUGAUUCCCAUUCCAGCAGCAUUGAGCUUUUUCCUGAAUGUACUUAGUCUGACUUGCUUUCUGCUUUGCCCUAUCAACGUAUGACCAACUGAUUCUCAUCUGUACCCACACGAAUGUUGUUUUUCAAUAAUAUUAGCAGGAACUACCAGCAAUUAGUUCAAAGGCAGAGUUAGAGAAUAUGGUGCCAGUUUUUAUUUACUGCACUUUAUUUGGACAUCUUCAACUAAAUACUGCUAGGAAACUUUUAAUUAAAACCCUUUCUGGUGUUAAAGGUACAGCGCUGUUUCCCUCUCCUCUCCUCCCCCAAAUUGGCCACAUGCAUCUUCACCGCAUUGGAAAGAUGUUAGUGACCCACAGAACACUUGCAGGUCAACAAGGCAUGUUACAUGCUCUUCUUAGUAGUAGAAGUCACGAGUUCUUCCACAGAGGAAGACAUUCACACUACAGGAGCUCAAGAAUCGAGGUAAUGAGCACAGUGUAAAUGCUAGAAGCCAAACCAAGCCAAGCUGUUAAGCCGCUUAACAUGACCUCUUUGACUGUGAUUUGUGCUGUUCUGCACUGAAUCUUCACUCAUUGGGCAGGGGUAGGACAAAGAAGAAAAUACUGACUGAAAAGAAUAAUCCACUGACCUACUGUAGAUAAAACAGUGCUGGCCUUAAGCACAAGCAAGGAAUGGGAAGGUUGGGGUUCCAAAUUCAGCUUCUAUUAUUGGCAUAUGUGCAUGAAAAUGUAUUUUCACCUCUAAUAAAGUUCAUUAAAAAUUCA